ACCAAUCAGAGAAAUCGAACUGUUGGUGCAGGUGUUCUCAAUGUGAAAUUCUCGGACUCCUUCGGUAUCAAAGAUAGAGAACCAUUGUUAUAGUAAACUUUAUUAAAAUUGAAGAUAUUUUUUAAAUAAAUUUAUUAGCGAAAUCUAUUUAAUUUGAUUAAUUGAUUUUAAAGAAUAUCUUAAAAGAUUAAAAGUAAAAUUUUAUUCUGAUUUUGUUGGCGAUAGCAAAAAGAAAUAUACACUUAUGUACAGUAUAAUUGAUUCUUAAUGAUCUCAUUUUAAGUUUGAAUUCAUCCAGAUGAUUAUGAAUAAUGGAACUAGUAAUCAAGUAAUUUUUGCAACAGGAGGUUAUGAUCAUACUAUAAAAUUAUGGCAACCGCAUACAGGGAAUUGCAAACGUACUUUUACAGAAACAGAAUUUCAAGUAAAUGCUCUAGAUAUUACACCUGAUAAGUAUUUUAUAGGAGCAGCAGGAUAUCAACAUAUUCGCAUGUACGAUUUAGGAGCAAAUGAUCCAAAUCCAAUUAUCACUUACGAAGGAGGUUCCAAAAAUGUCAGCGGAUUUGGCUUUCAGGAAGAAGGUAAAUGGAUGUAUACCGGAGGUGAGGAUUGUUCUGCACGUAUAUGGGAUCUUAGAUAUUAUAAUGGUAAAUGUCAAAGAAUAUUUCAAGUCUCUGCUCCUGUAAAUUGUGUAUGCUUGCAUCCUAAUCAAGCAGAAUUAAUAGUCGGCGAUCAAAGUGGCGUUAUACAUUUAUGGGAUCUUCGUUCGGAUCAUAAUGAACAAUUGAUACCAGAAACUGAAGCUUCUAUACAAGAUAUUGCAAUAAAUCAAGAUGGUACAUAUAUGGCUGCUGUAAAUAAUAAAGGUCAUUGUUACAUCUGGACGCUAACAGGAGGUAUUGGAGAGGAACCAACCAAACCUAUUCCUCGCCAUAAACUUUUGGCUCAUAAUCGUUAUGGAUUACGUUGUAAAUUUAGUCCCGAUUCUACAUUUUAUAUAUUUAGCCUGCUCGUGACUACGUCUGCUGAUCAAACCGCUAGAGUAUGGAAAACUACGGAUUUCUCAGAGAUACAGGUAUUGCAACAUGAAGCAAAACGUUGGGUUUGGGAUGCAGCUUUCAGUGCAGAUUCACAAUAUGUAUUCACCGCUUCUUCUGAUGGCAUUGCAAGAUUAUGGAACGUUACAACUGGAGCGAUAGAACGCGAGUAUAAAGGCCAUCAAAAAGCAGUAACUGCAUUGGUAUUUUAUGAAGAAGCUGUAACGACGACGGCUUAAUAGCUGAAACGAAAGGUGUAUAGAAUAAAUCUUUUCUAAUUUAUUAAAACGAUAAACUAAUGUUUCUACAGAACGAUACACAAUAUUAUUUAGAGAAAUAAUAUUAUGUUCGCAAUAAACUAUAUAUAUAUUAUACAUACGUAUUACACACACACACAUAUAUAUAUAUAAAAAUAUAAUGAGUGAAUUGUGAAUAUGACGUGUAAAAAAAAAAAAAAAAGAAAAGAAAAGAAAAGAAAAAGAAAAAAAAACCAGGAUAUGUAGAGAAAAUAUAUCAUUUCAGAUUUUUCACUAAAGUUAGAUCGAAUGUAAUAUUAGAAAGAAGGGAAAAUCUGAAAUUUUCGUUUCAAUUUAUUUCAUUUCGUUUUAUUUCGUUUCUUACAUCGAACGAAUAUAUGAGUGACUAAUUCGCCGUUCGUAAGAACGAUAAACGAAAUGUAACGAUGAUAAACCUAAUAAAUGUUAGGAUGAUAAA